AAUCUGUGUAAAUCAAGGCAGUUUAUCAAUUCCCCUCUCUACUUCGCUGCGGAAUAGACAGACGUCCCCUCUUGUAACUAUUACGGGAAAACAAGGCUAAAAGGCCUUGGUCGCGGUUCCCCGGUGGAGGAUAACGCUACGAUGGGCUUUUUUCACGCAAGUGGACUUUACGACAGUUUCCCUGCUUGCGCAUUCUGAUAGAAAAACAACACAUUUGACGCCCGCUAGCUAAACGUUACCAGUCGCCGCUGUCCGAUGGUGUUGGCGCUGUUGGAUUGAGCGUCUUCCAAGGGGAGACAACACAAUUCACCGGGAGAUUAUCCUAAAACUGCAAACAUGUCUGGGGCUUCGGUAAAAGUCGCUGUCCGAGUACGACCCUUCAACUCCAGGGAGACAAGCAAGGAUUCAAAAUGUAUCAUUCAGAUGCAAGGCAACACUACCACUAUUCUCAACCCCAAAGCCCCCAAAGAACCAGCAAAGACCUUCAGUUUUGAUUACUCCUACUGGUCCCACACAACUCCAGAAGACCCCUGCUUUGCCGCACAGAACCAAGUGUACAAUGACAUUGGCAAGGAAAUGCUGCAGCACGCCUUUGAGGGCUACAACGUGUGCAUCUUUGCGUAUGGCCAGACUGGAGCUGGGAAAUCCUACACCAUGAUGGGCAAACAGGAGGAGGGGCAGGAAGGAAUCAUUCCCAUGCUUUGCGAAGAUCUCUUUGAGAAAAUCAAUGAAGACAACAACAAAGAGGAGCUCUCCUACUCUGUUGAGGUUAGUUACAUGGAGAUCUACUGCGAGCGGGUGCGGGAUCUGCUCAAUCCCAAAAACAAAGGGAAUCUGCGGGUGAGAGAGCAUCCUCUUUUGGGCCCCUACGUAGAGGACCUCUCUAAACUGGCCGUGACCUCGUACACUGACAUCGCUGACCUCAUGGAUGCUGGCAAUAAGGCCAGAACCGUGGCAGCAACCAACAUGAACGAGACCAGCAGCAGGUCCCAUGCAGUUUUUACCAUUGUCUUCACUCAGAGGAAACAUGACAGCGAGACAGACCUUUCUACUGAAAAGGUCAGUAAAAUUAGUCUAGUUGACUUGGCGGGGAGUGAACGAGCGGAUUCCACUGGUGCUAAAGGUACCAGGCUAAAGGAGGGUGCAAACAUCAACAAAUCCCUAACCACGUUAGGAAAGGUCAUCUCAGCCCUGGCUGAAGUGGAUAACUGUUCCAGCAAGAGCAAGAAGAAGAAGAAGACUGACUUCAUCCCAUAUCGAGACUCUGUUUUGACAUGGCUGCUGAGGGAGAACCUUGGUGGAAACUCCAGAACGGCAAUGGUAGCUGCACUCAGUCCAGCUGAUAUCAAUUAUGAUGAAACCCUUAGCACCCUCCGCUAUGCUGAUCGAGCAAAGAACAUCAAAUGCAAUGCUGUCAUCAAUGAAGAUCCCAACAAUAAACUGGUGCGCGACCUUAAGGAUGAAGUUGCUCGACUGAAGGAGCUGCUGCGUGCACAAGGACUGGGAGACAUCCUGGAUAUUGAUCCUCUGGGGGAUGAUUGCCCAGGAAGUGGAAUCAAAUGUGACAGUUCUCAAAGUAUUAGAAUGCCACUGCUCAGUUGUCAAACUGAGGUUCAGAACUACAGACCAAAAGACCUCAAAGACAUUCACAACAAUAAGAAUAGAUACUUGAUAGCCUCAGAGAACCAACGCCCUGGCCAUUUCUCCACAGCGCCUAUCGGUUCCCUGACAGUGUCACCCUCGUCUGGCUCACUGUGCAGCCAGGGGGCCCUGCAGUCGGCCACCAGCAUACAGGAGCGCAUCAUGUCUACUCCUGGUGGGGAGGAAGCCAUUGAAAGACUCAAGGAAUCUGAAAAGAUCAUUGCUGAGCUCAAUGAAACCUGGGAAGAGAAGCUGCGAAAGACUGAGGCAAUCCGCAUGGAGAGGGAGGCCUUACUAGCAGAGAUGGGUGUGGCCAUACGUGAAGAUGGAGGCACUUUGGGUGUCUUCUCUCCCAAAAAGCUCAGCCAGGAAAGCCUGUUUGAUGAACAGUUUGAUUGUUUUCCCACCAAGCCUUUCACUGAGAAGACUUGUGAUCUCUAUACAGACUUUAACGGGGUCUUCUCCCCCAAGAAGACUCCUCACCUGGUUAACCUAAAUGAGGAUCCUCUCAUGUCAGAGUGUCUGCUGUACUACAUCAAAGAUGGAAUUACAAGGGUGGGACAAGCUGAUGCUGAAAGGCGGCAGGAUAUCGUUUUAAGUGGUGCCCACAUCAGGGAGGAGCACUGCAUUUUCCGCAGUGAAAGAAAUGCCAACGGGGAUGUUAUCGUCAUGCUGGUGCCCUGUGAGAGAUCAGAGACUUACGUCAACGGCAAGCGUGUUGAGGAUGCAAUCCAACUGCGUUCAGGGAACCGUAUUAUUAUGGGAAAGAACCACGUGUUUCGCUUCAACCACCCUGAGCAAGCCAGGGCGGAAAGGGAGAAAACGCCAACGGCCGAAACCCCCGUGGAGCCAGUGGACUGGACCUUUGCUCAGAGAGAGCUUUUGGAGAAGCAGGGCAUCGACAUGAAGCAGGAAAUGGAGAAAAGGCUCACUGAGAUGGAAAUCCUCUACAAAAAGGAGAAGGAAGAAGCGGACCAACUUCUGGAGCAGCAGAGACUGGUUUAUGAGAGUAAACUGCAAGAACUUCAGAAACAGGUCGAGACUCGUUCCCUGGUUGCUGAAACACCUGAUGAGGAAGAGCUGGAGGAGGAGGAGGAAGAGGAAGUGCCGUGGACUCAGCACGAGUUUGAGCUGGCUCAGUGGGCCUUCAGGAAGUGGAGGUUCCACCAGUUCACGUCGCUCCGUGACCAGCUGUGGGGGAAUGCCGUCUAUCUGAAGGAAGCCAAUGCCAUCAGUGUGGAAUUAAAGAAGAAAGUCCAGUUCCAGUUUGUCUUGUUGACAGACACACUGUACUCUCCACUGCCCCCUGAGUUGCUCCCACCAGAACCUGAGAAGGACCGGGACUCCAGGCCUUUCCCUCGCACGGUUGUGGCUGUUGAGGUUCAGGACCUGAAGAAUGGAGCCACACACUACUGGUCCCUCGAUAAACUCAAGCAGCGCCUGGACCAGAUGAGGGAGAUGUAUGACCGUGCAGGGGAAAUGGCUUCCACACACCAGGAGGAGUGUGGUGAAGGCGCUUUGACUGGAAACGACCCCUUCUAUGACCGCUUCCAUUGGUUUAAGCUUGUGGGAAGCUCGCCCAUCUUCAAUGGGUGCGUCAAUGAGCAUCUCGCUGACCGCACGCCCUCGCCCACCUUCUCCACCACCGACUCGGAGAUCACAGAGCUGGCGGACGAGCGCCAGAGUGAGAUGUCCGACUUGAUCGACGACGAGGCAUUUGUGGAUGACACCAGCUCAGACGCCGGCACGGAGGAGGGCUCGGACAUCUUCAGCGAUGGACAGGAUCCGUUCUAUGACCGCUCCCCCUGGUUCAUCCUGGUGGGAAGAGCUUUCGUCUACCUGAGCAACCUGCUCUACCCUGUACCGCUGGUACACCGUGUUGCCAUAGUAACUGAAAAAGGCGAUGUGCGAGGCUUCCUACGUGUGGGGGUUCAGGCUAUAGCUGCUGACGAGGAGGCCCCAGACUACGGGUCCGGAGUAAGACAGUCUGGUACUGCCAAGAUCUCCUUUGAUGAUGAAUACUUCAAAAAAAAGGAUUCCCCAUCCACAGUUAUGACCCACUCUGGCUUAUCCCUGGAAGAGCUGCGCAUUGUGGAGGGUCAGGGUCAGAGUUCAGAGGUCAUCACCCCCUCAGAAGAGCUCAACAGAAUCAACGACAUGGACCUCAAGCUAGGAAACAUUCCAGAGACUAAAACGUCUUGUGACGGCCUCGCCGGCCAGUUGGAGAUAGGCAGCACCUUUACCUUUCGUGUGACUGUACUCCAGACCACCGCAAUCCCGCCAGAGUAUGCUGACAUCUUCUGCCAAUUCAAUUUCCUGCAUCGUCACGAUGAAGCUUUUUCCACCGAGCCUUUGAAAAACACUGGCAAAGGCACGCCUCUGGGAUUUUAUCAUGUCCAAAAUAUUUCCGUCCAGGUGACAGAGUCUUUCGUUGAGUACAUCAAGACCAAGCCCAUCGUGUUCGAGGUCUUCGGCCACUACCAACAGCAUCCACUGCAUCAGCAUGGCCAAGACCUCAUCAGUCCUCCAACACCUUCUAGGAAAUACUAUCCAAUUCCAAUGCCACUGUCUAAACCCGACCAUACUCGAAAGAUAGAGUUGGUCCGCUACCUGAUGAGCGGCUAUGUGAACGGCAAAGUGCUGGACACGCUGUCGGAGCACGCCAAUGCCCUUGCCUCGUCCGCUGUGGCCAGCCUCGAAGAUGAGGCUGACCAGCUCUCACACUUCCCCUUCCUCCCGGUGCCCGAUGACCCUGUGUUCAUUGUGCCCAGGCACCAUGUUCCAGCCACCAAGUUGAACACCAUCACCAAGUCCAACUUGGGCCAGUGUGUCAGCAAAUAUGAUCUACUUGUCUGGUUUGAGAUCAGCGAGCUGGAACCCACGGGAGAGUACAUUCCAGCCAUAGUGGACCACAGUGGUGGCCUGCCUUGCCAUGGCACUUACCUGCUGCACCAGGGGAUCCAGCGGAGGAUCACAGUGACUCUCAUUCAUGAGAAGGGUAGCGAGCUGCACUGGAAGGAUGUCCGCGAGUUGGUUGUGGGUCGAAUAAGGAACAAGGCGGAAGUGGAUGACAGCGCUGCUGAUGCCGUCCUGUCCCUCAACAUCAUCUCCGCAAAAAACAUCAAAUCAUCCCACAAUUCCAACAGGCUUUGUAUUGAUAAGGAUAUUGAUAGGACCUUCUACCGCUUUGAGGCAGUGUGGGAUAGCUCCCUGCACAACUCCCUCCUGCUAAACCGAGUCACUCCAUAUGGAGAGAAGAUCUACAUGACGCUGUCGGCAUAUCUGGAGCUCGAUCAUUGCAUCCAGCCUGCCAUUAUCACCAAAGACGUCUGCAUGGUCUUCUACUCCCGGGACGCCAAGAUCUCCCCUCCCCGUUCCCUCAGGAACCUAUUUGGGAGUGGAUACUCCAAAACGCCAGACUGCAACCGAGUGACCGGAAUCUAUGAGUUGAGUUUGUGCAAGAUGUCUGACUCUGGAAGUCCAGGCAUGCAGCGCAGGAGGAGGAAGGUUUUGGACACAUCGGUGGCGUAUGUGCGUGGUGAGGAGAACUUGGCAGGUUGGAGGCCGAGAGGAGACAGCCUCAUCCUGGAGCACCAGUGGGAGCUAGAGAAAAUGGAGCAGCUUCAGGAGGUGGAGAAGACACGCCACCUCCUGCUGCUGAGAGACAAGCUGGGAGAAACCACUCCUUUGGGAACUGCGCCCACCACGAAGUCGCUGAGCGAGUUACUGUCUCCAUGCCUGAGCUCAGGCUCAUUGUCCACCUCCACCUCCAUCUCCUCACAGAUCUCCAGCACCACCUUUGAAAGCGCCAUCACGCCCAGUGAGAGCAGCGGCUACGACUCUGCUGAUAUCGAGAGCCUAGUCGAUCGUGAGAAGGAGCUGGCCACUAAAUGCCUCCGCCUCCUGACUCACACCUUCAACAGUGAGUACAACCAGCUGGUGACCAGCAUCAGCGACUGCAAGCUCUCCGACAUCUCCCCAAUUGGACGCGACCUGUCAGUCACCAGCUUCAGCAGUGCCACCCUCACGCCUUCCUCAACCUGCCCGUCUCUGUCAGACUCCCGCUGUGGCUCUGUGGAACAGAAGACACCAGAGAACUGCUCCCGUGCGUCCAGCCCCUCCUGCUCGGAUUAUGAAAACUUCCCAAUGGUUCCUACGCUGGAGACGUCCUACCUCGCACGUGCUGGGAAGAAUGAAUUUCUCAACUUGGUGCCUGAUAUUGAAGAAAUGAGGCCAGGAGCCGUCGUGUCCAAGAAGGGUUUCCUGAGCUUCAUGGAGCCACGGUCCAACUCAUGGGUCAAACACUUUGUGGUCGUGCGGCGGCCUUACGUCUUCAUCUACAACAGUGAUAAGGACCCAGUGGAGCGAGGUGUCCUCAACCUUUCCACAGCGCAGGUGGAAUACAGCGAAGACCAGCAGGCCAUGAUCAAGACACCAAACACGUUUGCUGUGUGCACCAAGCACAGAGGAAUUCUCCUGCAGGCCAACAACGAGAAGGACAUGAACGACUGGCUGUAUGCAUUCAACCCCCUGCUGGCGGGAACGAUAAGGUCCAAGUUGGCAAGGAGACGUAGCGGCCUCAUCAAGAACUGAAGGGGGGACACCACAAGCUCCAGUCUUUCUAAAACAAAUGAAAAAAGAAAAUCCCUUUGAGCAUAGCAAGCGUUCUAACACCUGUCAAUCAUUGUGAAUCUCUUUUCAGUAGAUUUGCAGUUUAAGUCUCCUUUCUUGCAACUAAAUCUUUGUCAAAAGAAACAUGCCGCCUAUUUCUAUCCUCUGUUUCCUUCUCAGCUUUUGGUCCUUUUCUUUCUUCACAACAACAUUUUGUUGGCUUUGCUGUCGCCCCCCAUCCCCCCAGUCCCUUAACUAGUAGCAUGUGGUUCUAGUCUACUUGUGUGCACGAUUCGGGCAGAAAAUGUUUGUCAGGCCAUGAACUUUCCGUUUGUCAAUCACAUGAUUAUGUUCAUCAGUGUUUUUGUCUUAUGUUUUUAUUGCAUUUGUUUAUUGUUAGAAUAAUAGCCACAUAUUAACAGCAGCACCCCAUAGUUUGCUUACUAAAAACACAAAAUGUCCAAUGAAGUCAUGAAGGGAACAUAUGAUACGUAUAAUCUCUCAAAGGGACUUUGGCAAAGCAACAAAUCUUGGAGAACCAAAGUGUUUUUUGGAAUUUGCUUUCUAACGUAGAUGCGAGGCCUCAGCGCCUCUACUAUCUCCAUAAUGAUGCUUAAACAUUGGAAACAUUCAUACUAAUCAGCGUGAAGGCCACCAUGAGCUUCCUUAGCUCUGGUGUUCAUAAGAAUCGUAACCAUCUCUGUCUUUCUGUGAGUGAUAACUAACAAUCAUGCAUGGAUGAAAAAAAUGUUGAAGAAUAUUAUUUCAGGAAGGAUGAUGAUGAGGAGGAUCUAGCGACUAUACGUGUCACACAACUAACUGGUCUGAGAUCAGCUAGAGCCUUUGGCUCUCAGCAUGCUUUUUGCAUUUUUUUUCUUGGUGCAUUUUCAAAUGAAGCAGAAUGGGGAAGGGUGCACCCAGUCCGUCACCGUGUCAGUAAAACCACAGGUUAUAUUCAUUCCUCUAGGUUGCUGUUGUUUCUUUCUUUUAACAGGGAUGUUUUAUACAACAUGUUUAACACGAGCAUUUCUUUUAACUUUAUUUUGCACAUGUAAACACAAUAUAGCCAGACAAGGCCGUUAGUGUAUUUUUUUAAUUAAUAGCACAUAUCAAAGCUACACCGGAUGGCUGUACUCAAACUGGUUGUUGUAUUUGAAUAUUUGAAAGAAGAGAUAUUAAGGGAGAAAAUACACACAAUUUCUUUAUCCAUGCUAUCGCUUCGGUUGUUAAGGGUGCAGACUCUGGCCAGCCAACCAGUAGGAAGACAUUUGCAUGGAAUUGAAGGUCACGGGUGCAAAGAUGUGUUACAAGCACUAUUGGGUUUCCUCUAAAGUCGUCAGGAUGUUUUUGUCCACAGGUCAGCCAGCCUGUUGGACAUUAGAUCUGAUCACUAAUGAGAAACCUUUUUGCAUUCUCUAUAUUUCUUGCUAGAGCAGAUAUUUUUUCACCUGAGUGGCUAAUUUGCAGAGUUUUCUGAUUUUAGAUUGUGUAUUUAUUGUUUGCAAUGUAUAUAUUAGUUUGCAGAUCUUUGCACAUAUGAAUAAAAAGGUUCAACUAACUGAUUUGGAUUUUGGUCUGCGCGGUUAGUUGCUCUUUAACCAAAAGGUGGCAUGGCAGUCGAAUGUACCGUAAAGAUGUGUGUAUGUCCAGCCAAAAGGGAAAAAAAGAAGAAACAUGCAGUCUAUUGUUCCUCGUUUGGGACCCUGACUAGCAUUGGUGCUUCCUUUUUCAUGAGAAAGGUAUUGGAGCAAAAGUCUGCCUGGGAUUGCAAGUCUAUUUACUCUCUCCUCAUGCUAACCAGCCACAAGGUCUUUAUUUGUCUUAUAUCAGGGAAUAUUAUAAAGGGUAGCUAGUGAUAUCUAGGAUGACCAAUAUGUCAUUGUUUGUGCUUCAUCACCUGGACACAUCUCCAUUGAUGCCUUUUCAACAGAACAAGCUUCCCCUCUUGACAAUUACUUUGGAGUCGCCAAAGGUUUUUUUUCCCCCCAAAAGACGGCAACCAUUAACACUGUACAUGUUUUUUGUUUUCAUACUUAUUUUGUAAAUAUCUGUGUUGUAUGGAGCUUGAAUUAAAAUAAAUGUAAAUAUGUUUACUGUAUUUGUAAUAAUUAUAAUCCAUUCGCUGUAUAGCGUAUAGAUGUGUCAUGCAGAUAUCCUAAUAAUAAUCUGUGUACGUUAAUCCUGCACCAUUGAUCUGUUUAGUGAAUGAGGAAACAAUAAAAGCGCAAUUAGCAGAACUUGUGAUGCCUC